AUGGUGUCCUUACGAUCCCCGUUGCGUCGACAACUAUGUUUGAAUUGUUAUCGCCAUCAGCAACCACGAUUACAGCCACGAAUACCACCACUUGUCGUCCGGUCAUUUCAUGCGUCCAAACCACGACCCAGUCCACUUUUACCGCUUCCUGCAGUACUGCUGACAGCGCUCAAAACUGGAAAGCUUGUCAGCUUAGUAUCGCUUUCAUCCAAGACAUCUCUGACGUUGCUUCCGCAUACCUAUCGUCGUGAUCGUGGCAAGUUUGUCUUCAAGUUGUUGGCCAGUGUUCCUUUGCUCGGCAUUGCUUUACUCUUAAUUGUUGGUUUAGAUAAGGCACCCAAUACAUCACGGCUGCGGUUAAUCUAUUUGACCGAGACCGAAGCAGACGAGUACAUCAAUUUGGCGAUCGGCCAAGUGCUUAGCAACCAAAUCGGGUUGAUUGCACCUCGCGACGAUCCUCUCCACUUGUGGGUUGAGGAAGUAGUGGACAACAUAGCCACGGUCGCUGUCGACGACGUGCGCGAACCUGUGCGACUCUAUGACAGACUCGAUCCGGCCAAAAGGAAUUUCAAUGUAGUGCUUGUACGCGACGGUACCACAGAAAAUGCAAUGUGCAUAGGCCCCUAUGUGAUCAUGUAUGACGCGAUGAUCAAGCGGUUGGGGCCACACACGGAUCGACUGGCGGUUAUUCUUUCGCACGAAAUUGCACACUCGAUGCAACGCCAUUUUGUGGAACAAAACGGGCUGGAGUCUCUAUUGCUCAUGGUGGCAGAUAUCGCACGCGCAGUAUUUUGGAUGUUCACUGAACCGCUUGGCCCUUAUGUCAACCAAAAGAUAGAUCAGGCCGUGUCCGUGCUGAUUGCAAACAGUAGCGAACGAUCUUAUAAUCGUGUAUUAGAACAAGAAGCCGACCUCAUUGGACUCAAACUGCUUGCCAAGGCUGGCUACAAUCCGGAAGCAGCAAUCGAAGUAUGGCAAUCCAUGGCACAACAAAGGGAGGAAAUGACGGACGAGUCAGUGUAUGAGGAACAACCACGCGAAAACCUCGAAAUUGCAGCGGCAGAGUAUCUGGAUUCCCUGAUCAGCAACUGGUUUGGAUCGACACAUCCACCUAAUGACGAACGAGUUCAGUAUAUGCGGGAAAAUAUGGAAGAGGCUAUGCAGAUAUAUGAGGAGACGCUCAAAGUAAAUGGACCACCCGUUAGCUCCUGGGACUUUGGUAACGAUGAUGACACGACCUUGAACAAUGAAAGCGAUGAUGGUAGUACAACGGUCGUGGAGGUCGAGCUGAGCGAGAAACAGCGGCGGUGGUACAGGGCUGUUUUGGAUUGGAUAUGGCCUGCUGGUGAUGGUGGUCAUGUACCCCAAGAUGUAUGA